AAGUUUUACAAAGACUGUUCGGUUUCACAAAGACUGUUCAGUAAAGAAAUUGGUGGUUGUUUUAUUUUUAUGAGAAGAUGAGUGAGACAGAUUACGUCGAUGCUCACUUUCAUAUGUGGGACCUACAAAAGUUUGACUACCUGUGGCCAAAUACUGACACUCGACAUCUGUUCAGGAACUUUGGACCCAGAGAUGUGUUGAACAGCAUGAAGACAACCCCAGUUCAACAUGGCAUCUUUAUUCAGGUCCUCAAUAACAACGUAGAUGAGACAAAAUGGGUUCUUGAAGAAGCCCAGAAACACACCUUUAUAAAAGGAGUGGUGGGAGGAAUUGACCUAACCUCAUUACAUUUGGAAGCAACUCUUGAUGAACUACAGAUGAAUCCCCUCUUUAAAGGAGUUCGGCACAUCCUGGAUUUAGAGGAUUCAACAUGGCUGACCAGAAGUGAGGUGCAUGCUGGGUUGGGUAUUCUGCAGGAGAGAGGUCUGACUUUUGAUCUUUUGCUUCGACCACCAUUGCUAACACAUCUUCCAGAUUUGGGUCGAAAGUUUCCAAGAUUGCGUAUGAUUAUUGAUCAUAUAGCCAAGCCAUAUAUCAAAGAUCAGAUACUUAGUCCGUGGAAAGAAGAAAUGGCUGAAGCUGCAAAGUUUCCAAACAUCUACUGCAAAAUAUCUGGUCUGGUUACUGAGGCCAAUCUUAAGAAGUGGACGAAGGAAGACAUCAAGCCUUAUGUUCAGCAUGUUCUAGAGUGUUUUGGUGUUGACCAUUGCGUGUUUGGAUCCGAUUUUCCUGUGUUCAAGGAGGCAAAUGCAGAAUACAGAGACAUCUAUAAGCUUCUUUUGGAUUUGCUCAUUGACCAGGGUAUUACUGAAGAUGAUCGAAAAAAAAUCUUCAAGGAGAAUGCAGUUAAAUUUUAUAACUUGGCCUUAAGCUAAUAAAAUUAGUUUGAUCACCUGAAGUUCCUAAAUUUUUACCAUUUGUGAUUCGCUUGUAAUACUGAACUAUUGGCAGUUUUUACUUUGUUAUAAUUUAAUAUGUUUUUAUGACGGAAGAUGAUUGAAAAAUUAUCUUCAAGGAGAAUGCAGCGAAAUUUUGACUUAGACUUAGAGGUGCAGUCUCAAAGUUGAAUAAUGGCAGCUUCCUUCCAAAAUUAUUUAUUAACAUUAGCUUUAAAAUGUAAAGAUUUUAUAUUCAACUAUAUGCCCAUAAAAAUUACCAUCAAGCAAUUUAAUUUGGUAGUAGACAAAAAGAAUAUUGAAGAAUGACUGACAAAAGUCAUUGACGCUCAUUAAUAUUAUGUUAAGAGGAUAUUGCUGUGCUGUCUUUGUGCAACUCAUCUGUCUCUGACAUUUGACAGCCCUUCGUGGGAUUUUUGUUUGUUGAUUAUUAUUAUUACUAUUAUUCAAAACAAUGUCCACUACACAUUUCAUGUUGAAUAGAUAUUAUUUUAAGAUGUAAUAUGCACUUGAAUGUCGUUUAAUCCUGAUCCAAUAUAAUCGUAUGCAGUGCAUGUAAAAUAAGGACAGGGGACUAUUCAGACAUCCAUAGAAAUAGAUUGGUGUAGGGAUGGCCUAAUUGUCUUGUAUUUAUUUCACUAGUUGCAGACGACAAUGUCUCGUGCAGCAGGUGAGUAAAAUUCAUUGUGAAAAUUUGGAGAUACAGCUGGUUGCUUAUAUAACACACUGGCAAAUUUUAAACAUUGCUUUCUUUUUAUCAAUAAAAAAUACUUCCGUCAACAAAAACGCCUGCAUUUGAUAUAGCUUUUCUUUGAUAACACACAAUUGCUAUUUAAAGAUAGUGUGCCUAAAUACAUAUAGUAUAAAUAUGUAUCUAGAGGUCAAUUUGCUUACAACAUGCAGUAAGGCAUUUAAAGGAAUGCUUAAGCAAGGCUUUUGGACUGGUAUGAAUAUUCAAAGAUAUAUAAUAUAAUAAGAUUGUUAAUCUUGAUAAAACUAAAUUGAACAUUGCCAAAUCACUCUGGAUGCACCGCUUGAGCACAAUGUGGCCCGACGGAUUUAAUGAGUAUGACCCAAGCAGUCACUGACUCUUCUUUUGUUACUUUCCCCCAGUCAGCUUAUCCUGUGAUUUUUUAAGUCUUUAAACUUGACAUUUUCACUUGAACUGUUUUUAUUCACUUGUUUUUAAUGUUGAACUCCUGGUUUUAAGUUUAGCUUGCUCCUGAGGAUGUCAGCAUUUAGCUGACGAAUCGUUGAGCUUUUUAACUUGAGAUUUUUAAUUGUGGUUUUUAGACAGAGACUUUAUUUUAUCAAAGAUAUAUAAUGCACAUUAUUGCUUAAUAUCAACAAGUAUUUAAUUUAAUUAAUAAAACGGUUAAAUGUGACGGCUAUUAGAUAUAACGGGCGCAGCCAUUUUGUUCCAUUCCA